GCGAGGGUUGCUUCUUCCAGGUUUCAACAGUCAUGGAGUGCUAGCCUUUUGUAUCAUUAAACAGUGAUUCACGUAAACCGCGCGAAACUCACAGUAGGAAUUUUUACGGAGGAACGUGAAAGAGUCGCUAAAGAAGCUUUUUUCGCCUCAUUCGACGACGUCGGAUCGGAAGUCAGGACGGGAUCUCGCUCGCUGAGAAGGUGGGAUCUUCAUGUAUACUUCUUUCUCAAGGUUUCCAUAAGAGAAACAUUCUUAAUGCCAAGUUAAUGUCAAGAUUUUGUUGUUGAUGAUGAUGGAUUAUCUUGCAUGGUGAAUUCCACGCGUGAUUAUUUGGAUGACUGGAUUGUUUUGAUGAAUAAUUCUAACGUUCAUUCUAUUGAGAAACAUGAGAAUAAAACAAUGUUCUCAGCAAAGGCAGCUGAUAUUAACCAAGUGGAGACUUCUCCAGAUUUGUUAAAGAACACUCCUUCGAACAUAGCCAAGUUGGAAGAUUUGAUUGAACAGUCCAAGGGUCGCCAGAAGUACCUUACUCAGACGAGGAGCCCUUCUGAUGGUGAAGAUGUUCGUUGGUACUUCUGCAAAGUUCCUCUUGCUGAGAGAGAGCUUGCAGCUUCUGUUCCCCACACUGAGGUUGUGGGCAAAAGUGAUUAUUUCAGAUUUAGCGUGAGAGAUUCUCUUGCACUUGAGGCUUCUUUCUUACAGAGAGAGGAAGACAUGCUCUCUUAUUGGUGGAAGGAGUAUGCGGAAUGUAGCGAAGGUCCGAAUGAAUCUUAUAGGGCUUCUGACUCUUUGCCUCACAGUGGAUGGGAUGAAUUAUAUGUUGUUGAAGAAGAGAGAGUUGGUGUACCGGUAAAAGGAGGCCUUUAUGAGGUAGAUUUAACUAGGCGGCACUGUUUCCCAGUGUAUUGGAAUGGGGAAAACCGUCGAGUUUUAAGAGGCCACUGGUUUGCUCGAAAAGGGGGUUUAGAUUGGCUUCCUGUACGUGAAGACAUCGCAGAGCAGCUGGAGUUGGCUUACCGCUGUAAGGUUUGGCAUAGGCGGACAUUUCAGCCUUCAGGCCUGUUUGCUGCCCGUGUUGAUUUGCAAGGAAUGACACAGGGCUUGCAUGCUCUUUUCACAGGGGAGGAUGACACAUGGGAAGCUUGGUUGGACUUUGACACCUCUGGGUUUACUCUUGGACGAGGGAAUGGAAUUAAAUUGAGACGCGGGUUCCAAACAUCCGGUUCUCUAAAGCCAACUCAGGAUGAGCAGCGCCAACAAAUGGAGGAAGAAAUGGAUGACUACUGUUCUCAGGUUCCAGUCGGUCAUCUAGUCUUUAUGGUUCAUGGUAUUGGACAGAGGCUGGAGAAAGCCAAUUUGGUUGAUGAUGUUGGUGAUUUUCGUAGGAUAACUGCUAGUCUUGCUGAAAGGCACUUAACUACACAUCAACGUUGCACCCAAAGAGUUUUGUUAAUCCCUUGUCAGUGGCGAAAAGGAUUGAAACUCAGUGGCGAAACUGCUGUGGAUAAAAUUACAUUGGAUGGUGUUCGGGGUCUUCGUGUUACACUAAGCGCCACAGCUCAUGAUGUUUUAUAUUAUAUGAGUCCUAUAUACUGCCAAUAUAUUAUAGAUUCGGUGUCCACUCAGUUAAAUAAAUUGUAUGCUAAGUUUUUGAAAAGAAACCCGCUCUACAAUGGGAAGGUUUCCAUAUAUGGGCACUCCUUAGGAAGUGUUUUAUCUUAUGACAUCCUUUGUCAUCAAGAAAGUCCAAUUUCUCCCACUCCUAUGGAUUCUGUGUACAUGAGAAAUGAUGCUGAGCAGGAAGCACAAAUUGAUGUGCACUGCCCUUCCCUUAUUUAUGAUGAUGCGUCUGUUCAGGAGAUUGAUGAAACCAGUUUUUCUUGUGGUGCCUUGGACCAGCUUCCUUGUCACACCGCAGCUCCUCUUCCCAGAGAAAAUUUGACUGAUGAUUGCUUGAAAUCUGUUGGUUUUUCUAAUGUUUAUGGUGAAUCUCCCGGUUUUGUUCAAUUACCUUCAGAUAAGGAGCAAUAUGAUAAUGCACCAUCAAUGGAUGCUGGUGCCAAAAAAUCUAAUAUGAAAUCUAGAAGUACAUAUUAUACUGCAGAAAAGGGGUCUGAUGCAAAUUUAGAUAUUCUUGAAGAAAAUUCAGGAGAAAAUGGCGCUGAAACUGCUGAUCUGUUGGUUGGAGAUGUUACUGGCAAGGACAAUCUUAUCUCCCAGCUGAGAGAAGAGGUGAAGUCUCUUCGGACAAGGAUUGCAGAACUUGAACAAGAAAUCUAUUGCUCGUUGUCUAAAAAUAAUGGAGAUAUUAGCAAGGAAAAAUUUGCUUUGAAUGGAAAUAGAGUUGGAUGUUGCAAAGAUCAAUCGUCCUUGGAAAAAUAUGAACAAGAUGCCUCAAAGAAGAGUUACACACCGUACAUUAGAUAUACUAAACUUGAUUUUAAGGUUGAUACAUUUUUUGCUGUUGGAUCUCCGCUUGGUGUCUUCCUUUCCCUUCGGAACAUCCGCAUAGGCAUAGGUAAGGGACAAGAUUAUUGGCAAAAUGAGAAUAUUUCUGAAGAGAUGCCAUCUUGCCGACAGAUGUUUAAUAUUUUUCAUCCAUUUGAUCCAGUAGCAUACAGAGUAGAACCACUUAUUUGCAAAGAAUACAUCAGCAAGCGCCCUGUCAUUAUACCAUAUCACCGGGGAGGAAAGCGGUUGCAUAUAGGAUUUCAGGAAUUCACUGAGGACGUGGCAGCUCGCUCUCAAGCCAUGAUGAAUAGCUUGAACUCUUUGAAGGUUAAAAUGAUUAACGUGUUCAAAUCAAGAGACGAGGUUAUUACGGAAGUCGAAGAUAAUCAAGAGAAAGAACAAUCAUAUGGCUCCGUCAUGAUUGAAAGACUGACUGGCUGCAUGAAUGGUAGAAUUGAUCACGUCCUUCAG